GCGCACGCACGCAGUAAGCCCAAGCUUCAUAAACGAGCCGCUGCCGCUGUAGCGUCUCAGUGUUUCCACUGAUUCCACAUCAGUGAAGCGGCUCAGAGAAGAUGGCACUGGCCGACACAGAGCGCGGAGUGUCCAGCUGCGGGGAUUCAGGCGCCCCGUUUUCAGAGAUUAUUGAGCUGAAUGUCGGCGGACAGGUUUAUGUUACCAGACACAAAACUCUGAUCGCCGUCCCAGACUCACUCCUGUGGAACAUGUUCAGCAAGAAGUCACCCAAGGAGUUGGCAAGAGACAGCAAAGGGCGCUUCUUCUUGGACAGGGAUGGGUUCUUGUUCCGCUACAUCCUCGAUUAUCUCCGAGACCUGAACUUGGUCCUCCCGGACUACUUCCCCGAGAAAAGUCGACUGCAGAGGGAGGCGGACUUUUUCCAGCUGCGGGACCUCGCAAAACGUCUCAGCCCCCGGGUGAGCAAAGAAAAUUCAAUCAGUGAGGAGAUCAGCCAGAGCGACACAGAAGACGGCGCGCAGCAGUGCGGCUCCUCCGGUGGCUUGGAGACUUUACGCACCAUGUCUGUCAGCGGAGCCAUGCGCUCCCCCUCUCUAGAUUCCAGAAAGUCCGGCUAUAUUACGAUAGGAUACCGUGGCUCGUACACUAUUGGCAGAGACAUCCAAACCGAUGCGAAAUUCAGGAGAGUGGCGCGCAUCACGGUUUGCGGUAAGACAUCUCUGGCCAAAGAAGUGUUUGGGGACACGCUGAAUGAGAGCAGAGACCCGGACAGGCCCCCUGAGAGAUACACAUCCCGGUACUAUCUCAAGUAUAAUUUUCUAGAGCAGGCAUUUGACAAGCUGACAGAAGCGGGCUUCCACAUGGUGGCCUGCAGCUCCACAGGCACCUGUGCCUACACCAGCAAUGAUCCAAAUGAGGACAAAAUUUGGACAAGCUACACUGAAUAUGUUUUCUGUCGGGAAUAACCAACACUAUCCAUGCCACGUUUAUGUAAAUAUACAUUUCAUAACGUAGAGGAAUGUCUUCGAAAAGUAUUGCAUUUGCUGUGCUGAAUGGUUACAUUUGUAACGGAGUGACUGCCAAAUAUUGCUCCAUCAUUGCCAGAAAUUAGACGCAAAAAUGCCCCCAAAUUGGUUCUACACAGAAGAUUCUGUCAAGAUGGCGAGAAAAGAUGAUGAGCAGGGGACCUUUUGAGAUAAUAAACUCAAAGCACUGCAAACAUCAUCUCCAUCUCAUAGAACUGCAUGUCAAUGUUUCAGUCAUAUCUGACUCAGUGCUGUGCGAAUUGAGUGGCAUCCAGGAACAGACCAGCAGCAAUUAGUAUUCAGUGUCAUUGUGACUUCUAGGCUUGCUCGAGCACUUGUUUGGCCAAGUUUUGUAUUAUCUAAUAGGCUCUUAUAGCAGUUCUAUCACUGACAGGAUUGUAAGUGUAUGUGAAAUGUUGGUAGAGUUGUAUUUGUUAUAAACUUGUUCAUUAUAA